GCGCCGCUGGAGCGCAGAUUUGAUAAUGGGCUGCAUUAAAAGUAAAGAGAACAAAAGUCCAGCCGUUAAAUACAGACCAGAAAACACUCCAGAACCGGUCAGUACAAGUGUCAGCCAUUAUGGAGCAGAGCACACUGCAGUGGCACCAACAUCCUCCACGAAGAGCACAUCUGUUAAUUUCAGCAACCUUUCCAUGACACCAUUUGGAGGAUCCUCAGGGGUGACACCUUUUGGAGGAGCAUCUUCGUCAUUUUCAGUGGUGCCAAGUUCAUAUCCUGCUGGUUUAACAGGUGGUGUUACUGUAUUUGUGGCCUUAUAUGAUUAUGAAGCUAGAACUACAGAAGACCUUUCAUUUAAAAAGGGUGAAAGAUUUCAAAUAAUUAACAAUACGGAAGGAGACUGGUGGGAAGCAAGAUCAAUUGCUACAGGAAAGAAUGGCUAUAUCCCUAGCAAUUAUGUAGCCCCUGCAGAUUCCAUUCAGGCAGAAGAAUGGUAUUUUGGCAAAAUGGGGAGAAAAGAUGCUGAAAGAUUACUUCUGAAUCCUGGGAAUCAGCGAGGUAUUUUCUUAGUAAGAGAGAGUGAAACUACUAAAGGUGCUUAUUCCCUCUCUAUUCGUGAUUGGGAUGAGGUAAGGGGUGACAAUGUGAAACACUACAAAAUUAGGAAACUUGACAAUGGUGGAUACUAUAUCACAACCAGAGCACAAUUUGAUACUCUGCAGAAAUUGGUAAAACACUAUACAGAACAUGCUGAUGGUUUAUGCCAUAAGUUAACAACUGUGUGUCCAACUGUGAAACCCCAGACUCAAGGUCUAGCAAAAGAUGCUUGGGAAAUCCCUCGAGAAUCUUUGCGACUGGAGGUUAAACUAGGACAAGGAUGUUUUGGUGAAGUAUGGAUGGGAACAUGGAAUGGAACCACAAAAGUUGCAAUCAAAACACUAAAACCAGGUACAAUGAUGCCAGAAGCUUUUCUUCAAGAGGCUCAGAUAAUGAAAAAGUUAAGACAUGAUAAACUUGUUCCACUAUAUGCUGUUGUUUCUGAAGAGCCAAUUUACAUUGUCACUGAAUUUAUGUCAAAAGGGAGCUUAUUAGAUUUCCUGAAGGAGGGAGAUGGAAAGUACUUGAAGCUCCCACAACUGGUUGACAUGGCUGCUCAGAUUGCUGAUGGUAUGGCAUAUAUUGAAAGAAUGAACUAUAUUCAUCGAGAUCUUCGGGCUGCUAACAUUCUUGUAGGAGAAAACCUUGUGUGCAAAAUAGCAGAUUUUGGCUUAGCAAGGUUAAUUGAAGACAAUGAGUAUACAGCUAGACAAAGUGCAAAAUUUCCAAUCAAAUGGACAGCUCCUGAGGCUGCACUAUAUGGUCGAUUUACAAUAAAGUCUGAUGUAUGGUCAUUUGGAAUUCUGCAGACGGAACUGGUAACAAAGGGCAGAGUGCCAUAUCCAGGUAUGGUAAACCGCGAGGUGCUGGAACAGGUGGAACGAGGGUACAGGAUGCUGUGCCCGCAGGGCUGUCCAGAGUCCCUACAUGAAUUGAUGAAUCUUUGUUGGAAGAAGGACCCUGAUGAAAGACCAACGUUUGAAUAUAUCCAGUCCUUCUUGGAAGACUACUUCACUGCUACAGAGCCACAGUACCAGCCAGGAGAAAAUUUAUAAUCCGAGAAGCCAAUUUUAUAUGCACAAAUCUGCCAAAAUGUAAAGAACUUGUGUAGACUUCCUCACGUACAGGAAUUAAAAGAAGAAAAUCUUCACCCUGCAUGUUUUUGAUGGUAAACUGGAAUUACAGAUGUGGUUGCACAAAACCACUUUUUUUUUUUCCUAAGUGUUAAACUCUAAAGUACCAAUGAUGAAUUUUUCAGCUUAUUUCAGGGUCCAAAGAAAGUAUAGUUAAGAUAUUGAUGACUGUGUGAGUGAUAGCAUGACAAUGAAGAGCAACAAGGCUACUGUUUAUGAAUCACUACCUUUCUUUUAUUCCCCAAACUCAUAAUUAAGAGAAAUUUAUCAAUCAGUAUAGACAAAACUUGGGAGAUUAAAAAGUUAUACCAUAAUAAAAUCUAGAAUUACAGAACUUCAUGGGACCAAACAAUUCCAUUCCAAUUUUUAAAAAUUUCUUGCAUUUAUUAUUCUUAAAAGUUUUUUCUAAGUUGAACAGUUAAUAUGCAACCUUAAUAUAUGCCUUUGUUUGCAUGGAAGUGGGCCAGGUCUUUAGAAGCAAAAAGGAAUAUAAACAGCAUCUAAAACUUGAUUAAAUGUUAGACAACAGCAGUGGAAUUUGAAAGUAUAAUGCACUAUGUUAAUACUCAGUAUACUCAUGGAACUGGAAAGUAGAAGAAAUUUUUCACUUUAAUCAUUUCUGAAUAGCUCAGUUUAAAAUAAUGAAGGUAACUAGAAUAUGGGUUAAUCUUUUAUAAGGUU